AUGGGCCUAGCUCUCGCAACUGCAGGGACAGUGAGCCUCGCGACCGUCCCCACAGAUGACGACGUGGUGCUGCCCGAUGAUGAGCGCCUGAGUGCAAGAGCGCAACCGGCUUAUGUCCUCAUCGUUGGCAAGGGCAUGAUGUCGCAUUGGGCAUCGGUGUGGAUAUUUGAGGAUGGAAGCAUCUACUCAAUGGAGCUCUCCGCGAUUGAGAAUACCGGAAGACGGUGGGUUCAAUGCAAGUACAAGAUGCGCCACCUGAAGCCUGGAACACGACGAGAGGGAUCCAACGAACCAGAGGGAUCCAACUCAUCAGACUCAGUUGAAGCGAUUCUGGCAGACAUCGGACACGAGUCUGCAUCAACGGAUGUUCACAAAUGCUUAGUCAGCUUUCUGAAGCAAUGCGGGAGCGGACAUUACAUCAUGACGCGGACGCCAAUCCGCAUUGAUUGGACAUCACCUUGGGAACUAAGGAACCGCGCCUCUGCAGUUCCAUUACAUGGCGGUUUUUAUGACCUCUUAUUCCACAACUGCCAGGUCUUCCUCAUUCAGCUGCUGUGUAACACCGAGUACAAGAUUGAUGCAGGAAAACUGCCAACAACGGUUGGGUCAGUUGCGGCUGCCCCAACAUUGCUCAUUCUGGAGGUAUGCUUCGUGGCGCUCUACAUGAAUCUGCGGCACCAUGACCUCCCUGAGGUGGCCGGGGCACUUGGGGUGCUUUGGAUCGCAGCAGAAAUGUUCCUUACCUCGCGCUACCGACGUGGUGUGUAUUGUAUAUAUGGCUCCUUGGCUACACUAUGCCUCUUGCUUUGCAUUGUACUCUGGUGGCCCAUCGCUUUGCUCCUCACCUGCUGCGCCACUCUCUAUGCUCCCUUUCUUUUGAUGACAGUUGCCAGCUAUGAUGGCGAAUAUUUGCAUUAUUUUGCGUUGGUCAUUGGCGGCGGAGCUGCGUGUAUGAUCGGAUUGCCCGCAAUAGUCUUUCACCCAUCUGCGACAGCAGCUGGAGUUCCCCUUAUGAGCUUGGUUUGGGACUUAUGUAUGGUGCUGGCAGCUUUGGAGGAGAAUCGCGCUGCGAACUGUCGAAACUGGUCAUGGGUGCUUGUGGCAUGCGUUGCAGUUGCCCUGCUGCAGUGGUCUGCUGGGUUGCCAAUCCAAGUCGGAGACUUUGACCUUGCAUCGCGGGCCUGA